GGGAACGGGUGACAUGUGUAACCUGUGCGUGUUAAUCAGGCAUUCGCUGGAAAUACCUUCUCCAUUCCCUUUUCAUUCAAGAUGGCGGGCGACGAGUCUGGUACAACGUUUGGUCAGCCUCAUCUUUCCAAACAGGAUCUCAACUCUCUGGACGUGUCGAUCCUUACACCAUUGUCUCCAGAGAUCAUCAGCAGACAGGCAACCAUUAAUAUUGGUACCAUUGGUCAUGUAGCCCAUGGAAAGUCCACAGUCGUAAAGGCUAUAUCUGGUGUGCAUACUGUCAGAUUUAAAAAUGAGUUGGAGAGGAACAUCACUAUUAAAUUAGGAUAUGCUAAUGCUAAGAUCUACAAACUAGAUGACCCCAGCUGUCCAAGGCCAGAGUGCUAUAGGUCGUGUGGUAGCAGCACUCCAGAUGAGUUUCCUACAGACAUCACUGGCACCAAAGGCAACUUCAAAUUGGUCAGACAUGUGUCAUUUGUGGACUGCCCUGGUCACGACAUUUUGAUGGCCACCAUGCUGAACGGAGCUGCUGUCAUGGACGCAGCUCUCCUGCUGAUUGCUGGAAACGAGUCAUGUCCCCAGCCACAGACUUCUGAGCACCUGGCAGCCAUUGAGAUCAUGAAGCUGAAGCACAUCCUGAUUCUGCAGAAUAAGAUCGACCUGGUGAAGGAGAGUCAGGCCAAGGAGCAGUAUGAGCAGAUCCUAGCAUUUGUACAGGGUACAGUAGCAGAGGGAGCUCCCAUCAUUCCUAUCUCGGCUCAGCUUAAGUACAACAUUGAGGUGGUUUGUGAGUACAUCGUCAAAAAGAUCCCAGUGCCCAUCAGAGAUUUCACCUCCGAGCCCAGACUCAUAGUGAUCAGGUCUUUUGACGUGAACAAACCUGGCUGCGAAGUGGACGACCUGAAAGGUGGUGUAGCAGGAGGAAGUAUUUUGAAGGGGGUGCUGAAGGUGGGUCAGGAGAUUGAGGUCCGACCAGGUAUCGUAUCCAAAGACCACGAAGGGAAGUUGAUGUGCAAACCCAUUUUCUCCAAGAUCGUCUCACUGUUUGCUGAGCACAAUGAUCUCCAGUAUGCUGCCCCUGGUGGCCUCAUUGGUGUGGGCACCAAGAUCGACCCGACACUGUGCCGUGCAGAUCGUAUGGUGGGUCAGGUGCUGGGUGCUGUCGGAGCACUGCCAGAGAUCUUCACUGAGCUGGAGAUUUCAUAUUUUCUGCUGCGAAGGCUGCUGGGAGUUCGCACAGAAGGAGACAAGAAGGCUGCCAAGGUCCAGAAAUUGUCUAAGAAUGAAGUGCUGAUGGUCAACAUCGGAUCAUUGUCCACAGGAGGUCGUGUCAGUGCUGUCAAGGCCGAUCUGGCCAAGAUUGUCCUGACCAACCCGGUAUGUACGGAAGUGGGAGAGAAGAUCGCUCUGAGUCGACGAGUGGAGAAACAUUGGCGUCUGAUUGGCUGGGGGCAGAUCAGGAGGGGCGUGACUAUCACACCUACAGUGGACGAUGACUGAAGAUGAUGAAACAGGCCACCACAAGAAUCGUCUCACUUUUCUGGGCUUUUUUUAAUUUUAUUUUUGGAUUUUUUUUUUCACACACACAGAGGAAGAAAACAUAUUUGGACUUGACAGUGGUUUAAUAAUUCCUCCUUUGUCAAAGGAGCUGUAAGAGGAGGAGGAGGAGCUGAAAUAUCAGACUGGUGACAGUAACGGUUCACCUUCAGAGUGAACCGCAGGUUUUUAUUCGGUGCAGAUUCUCCUGGACUAUCAGCUCACAUUUACAUUCACAGAGAAAUAAAGACAUUUGGGAAAUAAA